UAUAUUAUUAUUAUAUAUAGAGGAAAUAUGGUUCGAUUGAUUAGCGAUUAAUAUUAGUAUAUUUGAGUUUAAUGAAUGCUAUUAAAUACAUGCAUUUAAGAGAUAUAAUUUGUGAAAUAACACGAAAUAUCAGUUGUUAAGGAAGCGAGACUUUUAACUCUCGCGAUAUCUCAGUUUUCAAGCUGUUUAUGACCUAGAUUAAAUGGCUACCAAAAGUUAGCAUUGAUAACUACAGCGAUCAGUUGCUGAUUCGUGGUUGAUAGGCUUGCUCUAGUCUGUAAUGACUACUCGUGUACUACACGCAUACAUUUCUGGCCACCUCACAGUAAAGUCGGUAACGACAGAACGGUGUUAAGUAGAAAACUAAAUAACCGUUAGCUUUCAAGUCACAGGCAAUACUUGGGGACAUCUGAGGAUUCACGUUAGUAACAGUGGCGUAGCAACUGCCGACGCUUGUUUCAUUCGCCGUUACAGCUACCGGAGCAUGCCAACAGCAGCCUCGCCUAAUCUACGGGGAAUCAACAGAGCAAAUAUCCACUAUGAGAUUGAAAACAUCGCUGCUAAAGGAACCCAAACAUAAGGAACUUGUGAGUUGUGUUGGCUGGACCACAGCAGAUGAGCUGUACUCGUGCAGUGAGGACCACCAGAUCCUCAAGUGGAACCUGCUGACCAGUGAGACUAGUCUGGUUGUCAGAUUGCCAGAGGACAUUUACCCCAUUGACCUACACUGGUUGCCCAAAACUGUUGGUGGCAAAAAGCAGACCCAGGCUGAGAUCUUUGUCCUUACCAGCACUGAUGGAAAGUUCCACCUGACCUCCAAGAUAGGGCGCAUUGAGAAGAGUGUUGAAGCACACAAAGGAGCUGUUUUUGCUGGAAGAUGGAACUCUGACGGGACUGCUCUUAUCACAGCUGGAGAGGAUGGGCAGAUCAAAAUCUGGUCAAAAAGUGGUAUGCUGCGCUCAACACUUGUCAGCCAAGGGUCCCCUGUGUAUUCUGUGGCCUGGGGACCAGACUCAGACAGAAUCCUCUUCACAUCAGGAAGACAGCUAGUCAUCAAGCCUCUGCAACCCAGUUCAAAAGUCAUACAGUGGAAGGCUCAUGAUGGGGUUGUUCUUAAGGUUGACUGGAAUUCAGUCAAUGACCUCAUACUGUCAAGUGGUGAAGACUGUAAAUAUAAGGUAUGGGACAGCUUUGGCCGUCUGCUUUACUCCUCACCGUCUCAUGACUACCCAGUCACUUCUUUGUCAUGGGCUCCAGAUGGAGAGGUGUUUGCUGUGGGCUCCUUCAACACACUGCGGCUCUGUGACAAGACUGGAUGGUCCUAUGCAUUGGAAAAGCCCAACACAGGCAGUGUGUUCACCCUGGCCUGGUCUGCAGACGGCACCCAGCUGGCUGGGGCCUGCGGCAAUGGGCAUGUCAUCUUUGCCCAUCUGGUGGAGCAGUGCUGGGAGUGGAAGAACUUUGUGAUAACCCUUACCAAGAGGAGAACUAUGCAGGUGAGGAAUGUGAUGAACGAUGCAGUGGACGUAUUGGACUUUAGAGAUCGAGUCAUCAAAGCCUCGCUUGCAUACGGUCACCUGGUGGUUGCCACUUCCCUCCAGUGCUAUGUCUACAACUCAAGGAACUGGAAUACCCCGCUCAUCUUUGACCUGAAGGAGGGAACAGUUAGCCUCAUCAUGCAAGCAGAGAAACACUUUCUGCUUGUGGAUGGAGCAGGUUUGUAUACGUUCUCCUACGAGGGUCGACUGAUCUCCUCCCCCAAGUUCCCUGGUAUGACAGCUGACAUCCUAAAUGCCCAGGGUGUCUCACUCAGUAAUGACACCAUCGCUGUCCGAGAUAAGAGUGAUGAAAAAGUCAUCCUUCUCUUUGAUGCCCUGACUGGGAAAGCCCUUGGCGAUGGGAAGCCUUUGACCCACAAGCUGGAGGUGGUGGAGAUAGCUCUGGACCAGUGUGGCCCAUCCACCGAAAGGAAGAUUGCCCUUAUUGACAAGAACCGUGACCUUUACUUGACUUCUGUUCGUCAUCUUGGGCGAGAACCCAAAAUCUGCAAAAUUGGUAGUAUGGUUCACAGUAUGGCAUGGAAUGAUGCUGCUAACAUCCUGUCUGGAAUCCAAGACAACCAGUUCACGCUGUGGUACUACCCGAGUGCUGUCUUCAUUGACAAGGAACUGCUGCCAAAAACACUAAACAUAAAGGACGGCAGUGAGUUCAGCCAUGCACCCCACAUUCUGAGUUAUGUUGGCACUAAGGUGACGUUACGCCAAGGAGAUGGUUCACUGGUAUACAGCAGUGUACCUCCCUACCUAGCCCUCCUUCAUGAAUACAGCACCUCUGCACGCUGGGAGGAUGCACUUCGCCUCUGCCGUUUUGCCAAGGACCAGUCUUUGUGGGCUUGUCUUGCUGGUAUGGCAAUGGCAAACAGGGAGCUGACCACAGCGGAGAUGGCCUAUGCUGCCAUUGGAGAGUUACCUAGGGUGCAGUAUAUCAACUUUAUAAAGGAGCAGCCAUCUAAGGAGUCGUCUUUGGCCCACCUGCUGAUGUUCAGUGGUCAGGUUCAGGAGGCUGAGGCCACUCUGUUACAUGCUGGUCUCAUCUACCAGGCCAUACAAAUCAACAUUGACCUUUUCAACUGGGAGAGGGCGCUGGAGCUGGCGGUCAAACACAAGACCCACGUGGACACCGUGCUGGCCUAUAGGGAGAAAUUCCUACACAAAUUUGGCAGGAAGGAGACCAAUAAGAGAUUCCUGCAGUAUGCUGAAGGGGUCGAGGUGGACUGGGAGAAAAUCCAGGCAAAGAUAGAGAUGGAGUUGUCUAAAGAAAGAGAGAAAGCUGCUAAUGCCUCUGUCAGGAGCAGCUUGGCCUCUCGAUGUUAAUGUUCAGGGGAACUUUCUCUUCAACAGCAACUUUUGCAGGAAUUGAUUCUGAUGUGUUUUUGACAUGUGGUUCAUAUUAGGUGUUUUGGCACUGUCUCAGGGUUAAAAAAUAAAAAGGUUCCAUAUCCACCGUUAUUUACAAGUACAUAAACUUCAAGUAAAAAAACACCAUGAAGAAUAUGACACUUGACUUUGACUCCUACACUACAGUCUUGUGGCAUGUGCUGUGUAACAUAAAACAUUUCCACAACAUUGUACAUGGCGUUCUGUUACUGUGGGUAGAUAAUUUGACUUUUGAUAAGAGUAUCCGUAUCUCUCAGCAACGGCACCAUUAUGGCCUUUCUGUCAUAUCAGCUUCUCAGUUAUUUCAGUGUGUCGUUCGGAGCUGGGCGUUAUCUUUUUCCAUUUGUCAAAAUUAACUUGGUAUGUUCAGUUAUGCACAGAUGUAUUGCUUUGUUUUUUUUUUGUCACUGAUGUUUGACUUUGUGUUUUUAUGUGGAUAGAUAUUUUUACAGUUUAUAUAGUCAAAACAUUGCCUUCUGUAAACAUUAAAAAGAAUGUCAGUUAAUAAAACAGAUCAAAAUACGGUACGUA